UUGAAUCCAUUGUAAUUUUGGACAGUUCAGUUCUAUUUUGUCAUUGUCAGGCAGUCAGUUGAAUUGGGUUCAACGUUGGAUUCAGCUUUUAUCUGUAACUGUAUAACCGGCAUUCGAUCAUUAUAAGUACCUAAUAAAUAAUUUGUGAAGUAGAUGAAUUAUUUUUAAUCAUAUUGUCUUAGGAACUGACUUAAAAUAAAUAAUUUUAUUCCUUGGAUACAAAUGAACUUAACAAGUAUACUUUCAGAAGUCGAUAUUCUCUAUAUCUUUAUCCGUUCUUCUCAAGGCUUGAUAAAAAUGAAAAUCAAGAAUCUAGGUAAUUCAACAUAGUAAAGAUUUACUCUACUCUGGAUACCGUAUACUGGGUAAUAAAAUUUCUGGACCCGGCAACGCUGAUCACUAGCCACUCUAGCCACCUGCUUAGUGCAGAAACGAGAAACGGCAGUACGUGGGAUUUGGGUUUCAUUAGAAGAAGCCACAAGUCGUAUUCGGGUUCGGAUUUCGGACAGUUCAAGAAUUGUUCUAGAACUGCGCAGAACUGUUGCGCAGUAGUUUCGAAUCCUAGAACUGUCCGAGGAUGGUUCUCAUUUCAUGAAAAUCCGAACGCAAAAAAAACGUCAUAUCUCAGCUGUAUUCGGGUUCGACUUUCGGACAGUCCGAGAAUGGUUCUAGAACUGCGCAAAGGAUUCGAAAUUCGAACCCGAAUAAAACCUAUGGCGCGUAAAAUAUGAAAAAGAUUUGAAUCUCAAGUUCAUCUAUUAUCUGUGGUUAUUUUGUUCAAAAUCCUCAAAGGUCUUUUGCCAUCCAUUGUUCGAAAUAUUUUGUGAAAACUCUCCAUUCUUUUGUCCGAAUUGUAUUGUCGAAAUUCUUUUGUUACCCUUUUGUUGAAAUUAUCUCGUUUAAGUUGUUUUGUUAUAUUCUUUUGUUGUGAAUAUCUUGCUUAAAUUCUUUUGUAUAUAUAUUCGUUUUUUGAAAUUAUUUUAUCGUUACCUUUUUAAAAUUCAAAUAAAAAAUUUUUUUAAAUUCUUUUUGUUCGAAGUCUUUUCUUGGAAUCAUUUCAUGAAUAUGUCCGGCGAAGGUAAGUGCAUAUUAAAAAAUUAUAUAUUAAUUAAAUAACUAAAUUUCUUAUUAUUCAGAUUUCAGUAUGAAUCAUUUCCUACUCCUCGAUAGAUCUGAUGAAAAAUAUUUCAAUAGAGAAAGGACCCUCAAACUACUUGAGCUCUAUAAAAUUUACAAAAAAAAAGUUGGUACCUAUGAAGUGAAGUCGAUGAAGAAGUUGUGGGAGUUGGUUGGCCAGGAAAUGAGUAAUCAUUUCAAAAUUACAAUAUCCGGCAGCAAGUGCGAAAACAGAUUUAAAGUCCUGGAGAGGUGCUAUAAGAAGGUUGUCGAUAAUAAUAAUGCAACAGGCAGGGGGAGAAGUAGGCCGUUUGAAUUUGAGAAUGAAAUGGAUGAUAUAUUCCACAAAAAAAGGAAUAUGAGGCCAAUCGUCCUACUUUCCAGUGAAUCAAUAUUCACCGAACCACCUCCACAGUCUGGUGAACUUGAUUCAGUCCCCUGCCUCUCAAUUGAAGAAGACAGGGAAGUGGUUAUCGAUCAGCCUUCUACUUCCCAACCAACUGUCCCACAAUCGGCUGAAACUUCAAGAAAUAAGCGUGUUCCCAGCUGCUCCUACCAGAAAAGGAACGAUAUUCUGGUAGAGCUAAAAAACGAUCUCAAGUCAUUUUAUAGCAGAAGAGAACAAAGGGAAGAGGAGAAAUUGGAAAUAGCUAGAAAAAAAAUUGAACAAAAAGUGUUAAAAAAUCAGCUACUCAGUGAGUAUAUAGAACUAUUAAAAAAAAAAAGGAUUAGUCGGUAA